AUGGAAGAGGACUCAAAGGAGAAGACCAAGGAGGAGUCACCAAAAGAAACUCGAUAUAGAGGGGUGCGGCGGCGUCCAUGGGGAAAGUUUGCCGCCGAGAUUCGGGACCCGGCGCGGCACAGUGCCCGUGUGUGGCUGGGGACAUUUCUCACGGCGGAGGAGGCUGCAAGAGCUUAUGACCGUGCUGCUUUUGAGAUGAGAGGUGCUUUAGCCAUUCUCAAUUUUCCAAAUGAGUAUACUUUAUGCAAUGCAGGUUCUACUAUGAACUCCUCUUCAUCAUUAGCACCUUCAGCUUCUUCAAUGCCAUCAUCUUCUUCUUCUUCAAUGCUUAACACUGAGCAUGGUAAACAAGUUAUUGAGUUCGAGUGUUUGGAUGACAAAUUGUUAGAGGACCUUCUUGAUUGUGAUGAGAAUACCAUCAACAAAGACAUGCAUAAGUAUACUUAG